AUGGAUGCAAAUGAGUAUUACAAACAGUGUGGCAUUUGCAACGGGUUUGGAAUAGCUGGAAGCUCAUAUCCCGCAUACAUGGUGAUUCCCCUCGACAAUCCAAUCAUGGGAAAUAUGUGUUACAUCUUAGGUGGUGUCAAUAAUGUUUACAACUUUGGAUUCAGAAUCAAUCAAAAUGACAAGAAUCACAUCAAAGGCGAGUGGCUAGACAAACUUCCAACAGAUUCAACGGCUAAAGUAUUGUUCUCAAUAGAAAACAAAAUAUGCACACUUGUCAAAAAUCACUGGGUUAAAAUCGAGUUGGACACUUUUGAUGUUGACAACUGUGAAAUUGUCACAAAACCUGGUCAAUGCUACAAAACAAGAGCUGCAGUCGAUCCUGUUGAACCUUCUAAGCCAGUCGAACCAUCACAACCAGAAACAUCAGAAAAACCAUCAGAGCCAGAAAAGCCAGUGGAACCUUCAAAACCAGUAGAUCCACCAGUGACUUCCACAGAACCUUCAGAGACAGAUAAACCAGAAGAACAAGUUAAACCCGAAGAACCAGUCACUUUUGUUAUACCAAACGAAAAUUCAGAAAUUUCAAAACUUGAUGGUGCUUUGUCCAUGACAAUUUCCGUGUUGAUUGGAGUUGUUGUUUUGUUAAUGUAA